AUUUGGAUCAUACCGAACCAUCACGUCUGACAAUCUUAUCUCUGUGCUAAUGAGGUGUGGCAACUUGAAUCUAUGUACAUACGUACCAGGUUCUACGUUGCAACCAACCGAUUAACCCACUAAUCACAUACUUUAUUUAUUUCAGGAUUCAAAAUAAAUCACUACUAGGAUACUUUAUCAUGUAGGAACACUUAUAACAUCAUAAGUAAUGAAGUAUUUCAGAAAUUAAGUCAUAAAUAAUCUCAACAUAAAUCGUAAUCCAUUAAAUAAACCACGAUGUCGCUUCGGAAUGAAUAACACAGUUAAGUAAAUAUUCAUAUAAACAGUCCUCAUGCUGAUUGAUUGGAGAUGAUUUAUGCUACUUUGAGGGAAACUAGCUAUGUAUUCAUAGUGUCUCAUUCAAAUGAAAUACUAAUUCUGAACUUGUCUUAAACCUCUUAAGUUUCAAGAAGUUGUUCCAUUCUUCAAUCAAGUUCAUUAGGUAUGUAAGCUAAUGCUAGUACUAUAAUUUACAAUGGAUCAUUUGGAGGUAUAUGGAGUUCAUAGUGCAAACUUAGAUAACAGAAUGACCAUGAAAUCUUUAUCGUGGAUUUUUUUAUUGCAUAUUCAGUGUUGAUCGAUUGAUUGUGCUUAGUAAUAAGAUAUAACCGAGCAAUAGCCACUAAUCAAAUGGAAUCUAUUGACUUCUUACAUUCAUCUACAGACCCUGACCAAGAACAUUAAAAGACCGGACAAUAAACCAUCCCACCACAGUUGUAUCCUUAUUUUUCCACUAAUAACAAUAGUUUUUGACAAAAUUAACAUGCCUAGCAAUUUGUUUACACGAAUCUCGCUUUCCAAUUAUGCACUUUAAAUUCUGGAUAUUUCUUAUCUCUGAUUAACAAAUAAGAGAAUUCCAAGUGAAAUUAAUGUUCUCUUGUACAUCACUUACUCAGUAGUCCAAUUAUUAACUUUUAAACCACGAUUAUGUUCUAGGCUAUUUACAAAUGUGAAACAGUCAUUUCAAUAUUGGGAUUUAAGUUUCGCGCUUCAGUACACGAAGAAACAACCAAGCGACAGUUAGUUAUACUUACUUGAUAUCUUAUCAUUUUGGAAUCACAUUGAAGGCAGUGUCACUGUAAGUUCAAAGUAUGAGAUUUCUUCUUAAAACAGUAGCCAGAGAAACAUUAACCGAAGUAGUUUAUGUUUAUACCAUCUGGAUUCACUUGACUUCCUAAAGUGUUUUGCUUUUUAUCUGGUAUAUACCCAUGUCUGCUUCAUCUUUAAUAAGGAAAUAAUACGCCAUUUCCUUAACUGUUUGGUGUUUGUUGUCUGAAAUGUGGUUACUUGGAAUAUAAUUAACUGCAUAUUUCUGAAAAUACACAAGGCGAGUAUGAUGAUCUCUAAUGUAUUGUUGCUUAAUAGAAGCUAUAAGCCACAUCUCUUACGCAGGGGAUAUUAAAACUACUGUGAGUCAACACACCAUUCGAAUCUAUGACAAUUGUUAAAAGUUAGCUCCUCAAAUCAAUAAACCAUUACUUUUCUGAAUCAUAUUUUGGAACGUAUUAACAAUAAUCAAACUAACAAAAGUUAAAAAUAAAUAGUUAUGUUAAGUAAAAAAUGUUAAAUUUUUUGUAAAAAGACUAGUGGGUAUAUCUAGUGUAUCAUUUUAAAAGUUGUAUUAGUUUCUUAUAUAGGCAAUGGGCUUAGUAAUUAAAUUUUAGAAUCAUUUUACAUCUUAUUAAAUAUCGAAAUGCAAAUAAUCAGUGCAAGUGAUGUUUGAUUGAGACUUAACAUUGGUUGUAGUCGUCUUGAUAUUUUUUUCUCACUGUGACUAAUGUGCCACACUGCUAGAGUAUUCAUGUCGUUAGGUCCUUUAUUCUUUUAUUCCUCCAAUGAUUUUCUAAAAAUGAUAAUUUUACAUAAUAUUUCAAAGUUAUUGAUUUAAAUAUAUAAAAGCUAUCAGUUGUAACUUCCAUAUAAAAUAACCAACAUUUAUGUGGAUGUUAAUGUAACUCAGCGACCACAUAUAUGUUCGUGUGCUCACAUUUUCCAUUGUAGUCUAGCUUCAAUUGACUCAUGAUCCCAACUAUUAAAAAUACUUAUUUUUGACUGGAUUAGAAAUAUUCUGUCUUAGACCAAUCAGUCAGUCAGAAGAAAACAAGUCGGCCUUGAAUUUUGUAAAAAUACUCCGACCUAAAAUUACUAAUGACUGUUAUUUACCACGUAUAUGUUUCUAUACUCAGCUUUGAGUUAUCAUGUUUUCAUGAGGGGGCCAAUUAUAUUAUCCAUUUGACGAGAGCGAAUUAGUCAAAGUGGUGAUAGAAUAUACGAUGUACUAGUUGAAAACCAUGUACCUUAACUACGGAUUCCUCAUUAGGCGAAUGUAAAACCUAAUAAUUUUUAAAAUUUGCUGCCAGGAAACAUUUUUAAAACCUCACUAAGAAUACUACAUUUGGAAUGUGCGAAUUUAAUUACAUUAAUAUAUAUAUUUUUCAUUUCAUUCAUGUUAGAUAUUUAGUAUAAGGUGUAGCGUAAACGUCGGUUCGAAAUCCACUCGUUAUUUGAACAACAGUUAAUAUAUACGUUAAUAAAGAUCACAUAUGAUAUAUUUACUACAGACAACCAUUUUUAAACAUAAUUCUAGUAAUUUAACUAAAUGUAAGAUUAAUCGAUAAGAAACUUGUUAUGAGUAGUUGCGUUUCGAAUUAAAAUGAAUUAUGAAACCUUAUCAAUAUUUAGUGUCUGAAGUGUAUCCAGUAACUAAUAAAAUACCAAUUAUUGACUUAACUGAUCAGUUUUCGUGCCGUCUAAUUGGGCAUUGAUAUAAUUAAAAUUGCCAAAUCUUCUCAUGAAUAAGUUAGUUCCUUAUACAAAUAGUAGCUUUUUGAAUCUGACUGGAAGGCUAAAGUUAUUGCUUCUGUAAAACUACCAGUUUUGUAUAAAAUUAACAGUUCUUGUUUGCGAGACCCAGUUACAAUUUCUCUUGCUAUUUUAAUAAUUAUUAAGAAUUAUUAUGUUUGUUGCUUAGAGGCUAAAAGAAUUAAACUUCAACCAGUAGGUCUCAACUUGAAACUCCGACCACCUAAUUCAUUCUGGGCAACCAGAUAACUGUUGUCAUCACACAAACAAAUAGCCUUUUUCCAACAAUGAAUACAUUAACUUUUACUUAGUUGAUAAAUGAGUUUCAUAACAUUAAGUUAUUAGUCAUAACUGUUAAUUUUGUAUAAAACGCUAUUGUAAAUAAUAUUUCAUGAAAUAUUUAUCCAUAUAUAUUUCUAAAAUGCUUUUUAGAACAUUGGAUAGUUCAGAUGAUGAUGGUGAAGUCAGUAGUAGUAUUAGUAAUCAUUCCAAAGAUAACUUGAAACAACAACAUAAGAAGAAGAAAAAGGAGAAGAAGAAAAAGAAAUCAGUUAAGAAAAGAAAACAUUCACUAUCUGAUGAUGAUGAUAAUGAUGGCGGUAGUAACGAUGUUGGCGAACUUAAUUUCACUUCAAGUUCUAUGACAUAUCAUCACGCAAAUGAUGAACGAAGUCGUCAUAAACAAUAUCAUGAACAGGGACCACAGCAGGAGCACAGAUCAACCAAGCAUAGAUCACAUUCAAAAAAACAUAAAGAUUCUCAUUCAAAAGAACGGAGGCACCAUCAUCACCAUUGA